AUGGAGACCGUUUUACAACUCCAAACCGUCCUCUGCGACGAAUCAGCAAACCUCGCCCUCCGAUUUCGUGCCCUGUUCUCUUUAAAACAUCUUGGUGUUAACGGUGACCUCAAAGCAAUCGAUGCCAUUGCCGCCGCCUUUUCAUCGGAAUCUGCACUUUUGAAACAUGAGUUAGCAUACUGUCUUGGUCAAACUAAGAAUGAUUAUGCUAUAAAACCUCUGAGAGAGAGGCUUGAUGAUCUGAACGAGGCUGCUAUUUGCCGUCAUGAGUCUGCUGAGGCUCUCGCCGCAAUCGGAGGGGCCGAUAGUUUGCCGUUGUUGCGAAAGUAUUUGGAUGACCCGGAAGAGGCUGUAAGGCAAACCUGUGAACUUUCGAUUGCAAAGAUCGAAUAUGAUCUUUCCGAACAGGCAAAGAAUGAGGAUUUACAAAAAAGUGCCUUCGCUUCCAUUGAUCCUGCUCCACCACUCCCAUCUAAGAUGAAAUCAAUUUCGGAACUUCAGGAUACCAUGAACGACCAAUCCCUCACUCUCUUCUACCGCUACAGAGCCAUGUUCCGUCUCCGUGACAUCGGCACACCAGAAGCUAUCGACGCCCUCGCCAGCGGUUUCGCUGAUCCCUCAGCUCUAUUCCGUCAUGAAAUCGCCUUCAUCUUCGGACAAAUGUCUGACCCACACUCCAAAGAUGCCCUUCUCAAAGUUCUCGCGGAUACAAAGGAAGACGGAAUGGUCCGUCACGAAGCCGCCGAGGCACUCGGAAGCAUCGGUCUGCCAGAGAUCGACGAGGAGCUACUGAAAUAUAUUAAUGAUCCAGAAAAACUAGUCCGAGACAGCGCGAUUGUUGCAUUAGAUAUGAGCGAAUUUGAAAAGAGCGGGGAGUUGGAGUAUGCUUUGAUUCCUGGCGAUGUUAGAGCUUGA